ACAACGGAACCUUGCCAAGGAAAUUGAGGUGGACGCGAAGAAAAGGGGUGUUAAGUGGAUCACUGACAGAAGCUUGGCGUAUAAGCUCAUAGGAGAGUGGAUAUCUAGUCAGGGUGCUCGCAACAACGCACACAUUGACCAAGACUCGUUCGCCAUGCUGGAUCUGAUUGGCAGCGGUAACUUCAGUGACGUGUACAAGGCCGUCACUUUCAUUGGCUCAUCUGCCGUCAUAUGCUCUGUGAAAGUCAUGAAAACCCAAGACCCCGGCGCCCAGUUUGAAUUCGAACGUGAAGUCGAAUUGCUGUCCAGUCUGUUCCAUCCAAAUGUGGUGCUGGUCUUCGGGCGGU